AUGGUAAAAUUAAGUGCACAUUUAAGAAUAGAUCCGAUUCAAACGACGACUAUAGCUGAUCUUGCUUAUCUUCUCUUACUUAUGGAUGACUAUAAUCGAACAAUAUCUUUUUGUCAAACACUUUUAAAAGAAGUUUCCGAUGACUACAAACUUACUAUUCGUUGCUAUAACAUCAUGGGACAAGCCUAUAUAAAUGAGCCUGAGUUAGCAUUACAAUCAUACGAAAAUGCACUUACACUUCAACUACAAUAUGAUACAACUGAUUUCGAUUCGUUAGCUACUAUAUAUAAUAAUAUAGGUAGAGUUCAUCGUCUACUUGCAUCUCCGACUCAUGUGAUAGUUGAUUACUAUGAAAAAGCCUUGGAAAUGUGUAGAACUGUGCCAGAUGACAAACAGAUUAAUUGGCUAUUGAUGGCUACAAUUAUAAAUAAUCUAGUGACUGCUCAACCAUAUGCUGAUUCUGAUUUGAAUUUGGAAAGAGAACAAUUUGUUCUUGGUAUUCGAUUAAAAUAUUUACCAUUAUCACAUCCACUAAUAGCAGCAACGUAUCAAGUUCUUGCCGAGAUCCAUUCAGAUCGACAUGACUUUGAAGAAGCAGUACUACACUCAAAUGAAGUACUUUGUAUCACACGUAAAUACUUACCUAACGGGCAUUCAUCAAUUGCUGCUGCAUAUUAUAGUGCAGCUUCACUUUAUUUACGAAAAGGUGAUUAUGAAGCUACACAAGAUCAGAAAGAAAUGUCUAAGAAAAGCUAUCUGAAAUCGUUAGAACUCAAUCAUCAAGCGUUUGAUAUAAUAUCGUCAGGCGAAUUGUCUUCAUCCAUAAACUACAGUUUAAUGUCUGUUCUUUAUAAUGAUUGUGGUGCUAUUUAUAUACGUCUUGCUCGGUUUGAUGAAGCACUCGAUUGUUUCAAUACAGCAACAAAUACUACCUUACGGUAUGUACCAGCUAAUGAUGAUCUACAUGGUGCAUCAUUGAAUAAUAAAGGUAAAAUCUUUACCCUGACGAACAACAUGAGUCAAGGUAUGGAAUAUUACAAACUAGCAAUUGAUUUUUAUAAACGAACUAAUGCAAUAAAUUCUAUAAGAGUGCCUUCCAUUUAUUUCAACAUUGGACAAUGGUAUGAAAUUUCCCGAAAAAACGAUUUAGCUAUUGCAUAUUAUAAGCGUGCAAUCGAUGUUGGAAGUAAUUAUCAUAAAUCGAGUAAUGUAUCUCUUUUACAAUACACGAAAGCUCUAAAUAAAUUACAAAGUACAAUGUUCAUAGGAUCGGCAACUGAAGAAGCUUCAUGGCUCUGA